AUCUUAUAUUCAAUACAUUGUUAUUGCGACACAGACGCUCGGCCAUUACAAACGUAUACUGUAAAUAAAUUAAAAUUAAAUGACUAAAAAACAAAGAUAAACAAUAUUUGGUAUUAAAAUUUUAAUACACUUGUAUAAACUUCGUUCUAGAGACGUUAUUUGUAUAUUAGAUCAAGCAAGAUAUCGUUGAUUUUGUGGGUAUUUUAAUGCUUAAUACCGGAAAGUGAUCGAUUGGUAUGAAGUGGGUCGCAUUACUAUCUCUGAUCGCGGUGAGCGUGGUGCGACUACCGGCUCCGGUGGUGAUCACAACUAGUGGACCAGUGAGGGGCAGGAUCAGCGAAAAUGGAAACUUUUACGAGUACUUCGGAAUCCCGUACGCUACUGUUGACGAGAGGAAUCGAUUUCAGGCACCGCUGCCCGCACCGCAAUGGAGCGAAAUCUUCGAAGCCACCAACGAAAACACGUGGUGUCCACAAAAAUCCAUUGGCCCUAUAGUCUUCGGAGAACCAGACUGCCUCAAGCUCAACGUCUACUCCCCAGUCAAGGCUGUGAAGCUUCCCGUCAUGGUGUACAUUCAUGGAGGUUGUUUCUUUAGUGGUGCCGGAUCUCCAUACCUAUAUGGAGGGGAUUUCUUCGCCGAAAAUCAAGUCGUCUUCGUGGGUAUAAAUUACAGAUUAAGUGUCGAAGGCUUCCUCUGCUUAGGCAUCGAGGAGGCGCCAGGAAAUGCAGGACUUAAAGACCAGAUCGCAGCCUUGAAAUGGAUUCAAGAAAACAUAGCUAAUUUCGGCGGAGAUCCAGAUAAUGUUACAUUGUUUGGUGAAAGCGCUGGCGCUGUUUCCACGUCUUUCAUGAUACUUUCUCCGGCUGCUAGAGGCCUCUUCCACAAGGCCAUACUGCAGAGCGGUUCUUCCCUUGCGCCUUGGGCACUCCAGCAUGAUCCAAUAAGAACCGCGAGCGCUUUAGUCAAGAAAUUCGGUUACGAUACCAAAGAUCCGUACGAAAUAUACAGUAUUCUAUCGAAUAAGACUGUUAAUGAAUUAGUUCUCGCAUUAAAUAAUGAAGAAAAAUACUGCGUUGCUGAUUUCAAUAUUUUUGUGCCGUGCGUCGAAAGACCAAUUGAAGGAAUUGAAUCUGUCAUAACUGAAUAUCCCACGAACGUAAUCCGUUCAGGGAACUACACUAAAGUUCCAAUGAUAAUUGGUAAUACGGACAAAGAGGGCAUUUAUUUUGUGGCUGCAGAUUACGGCGUCAAUUUGGCGAAUCACACGAAUUUUGACAUCAUGAGCAAUCUGCAGAACGAUCUAGAAUUUCCAAAUGAUUGGGAAAGGAACUGUACAGCAGAGAGAUUAAAGACGCAUUAUUUAUCUUCAUCGACAGAGGACAAUAUGAUCAUGAACGUGGUGGAACUAUACUCCGAUGUACACUUCAAAUUUCCUUCGGUUAUAGAAUCCGAGAUGUACUCCAUGACAACGGACCAACCCAUAUACUAUUACAUUUUCAAGUACAGCGGACUGAUAAACAUGCCCAAGCUGAUAUCAGGAUUUGGUUUGAUCAAGGGCGCCUCUCAUGCCGACGAGCUGUUUUACUUGUUCAAGCCUCACUCCUUUCCGUUGCCGCAGAAGUCACUCGAAAGUACUAUGAUAGCUCGCAUGCUGGAAAUGUGGACUAAUUUUGCUCGUUACGGGAACCCAACACCGAAACGAACUAAAAUUCUGCCUUACAUAUGGAACCCCAGCCGGGAGCCGAACCCUACCGCUUUGGUGAUCGAUUCCCGCAUCACCACCGCGCCGAUGUGGAACGAACAAUCCGUCAAACUAUGGAAUGAAACAUACAGAAAAUACAGGAAAAGAAAUUAUGGUUUCAAAGAUUUUUGUUCCAUUAGACAACAGUAAACAAUUAAUGGCCGAAGUAAAACCCGAAUUUAAACCAGUUUAUAACAUGUCAUUAGUACUUAAAACUCAGAAUUAUUAGUAGAACUAAAAAAGGUAUUGAUGUUUUUGACGUACUAAAUGACUGUCAAUGUCAUGACCGGAAGUUUGGAGCGUCAUUUCAUUAAUGUCACUUUGUCAUAACGACCGAUGUCAAAAUUCAGUCAUGAAUUACAUUAACACAAAAUCUUUAAUUUUAAGUUUUGACUUUUUGCUAGCUGAACACAGAUCUGUUUGAUGAUAUACUUCGUUUUUUAUGUUUCAAGAUCUAAUCAUCCGAUAGUCAAAUUACGGAUCUGUUUACCAAACGUCAUGAAUACGAGUCACAUUUGUAAACAUCGAGUAAUAGCAAAUGCAGUUUUUCACGCGCUAAUAACGAAUCUAAUAAAUGUUCGUAUGUAAAACAACGAAAUUAAUGACGUAAAAUAUUAUUUAAUAAUUUACUUACAUUAUUAAUUAAUUAAUUAAUUAAUUUACUUAAACGAACGCUUUGUUCACCGGAUGUAUUUAAGUUGUCAGCUUUUUAAUAUCAAGUAUCCGCUAACUGCGUGAAUUCCCCCUCACCGUUGAAAGAAUUUAUCGAUAAAUGCUACUCCCGAUUGCGAAAUAGAUCCUUAAUAUUUCAUAAACUCGCCUCUACAAACUUCAAACUCACUCUGUGAUGCGAAAACGCAUAUUAACCAUGUCACUGAAUAGACUGGGUAAUACUAAUACAUAUUUCCAAUAUCAACAUGACAACUACUAUUGGCUACCGCUGACCGUAAGCGUGGAUAGAACCAAACAGUCUGUUAAUGUUAGUAAAUAUAUGUCGUUUUGAAUCUAGUCUUUAUUUUAGUUUUAAGAAAGAAUUGAAUGUCUGACUUGGGUUUAAGUGUUCUCUUGAAUACCGUUCCAAUGGCAAAAAAACUAACAAGCUUAUCAAAAUUAUGAACAGUGCUAUUGGCAUGUUUUUAUUCAAAUGAAGAACAAUUACAGAGGGAAUAAUAAUACUCAUAGAUAAUAUUAUUGUUGUUUAGAUUAUAUUUGCAUACAAUACGAUAUGUCUACAAUAAAGUGAUAUCUACAAGCCUCAUUUGACACAAGACAUGCCACAGCAUCUAAGAACUACACAGCUAUUCUAUUUGUGGACAAUAGUUAUUAUCUACUGUAAAAAACAGGACCAUGCGGUGUUAAAUCUCAACGCAUUAUUGUUGUCUACUUUUCAUUAUUAUUCAUUUGGACAUUUUCAACUAGACAAAACGACCGCAGAUUGUUUUUAACUGUUUAGAAACACAUUCUAGAUGCAUACUUGAUCCCUUGUAAAGACAUUCAAAAUGGUGCUAUAUAUUUUUUGUAUGUAUUAAAUGUAUAAUUUAAUUAAUUAAUUAAAUAUAAUAUCAAAAUCAAACUAUAUUAUGUUGGGUGUUGUAAAGACUUUAUAAUUAUUAGAAAGAUUUAUUAGAUUAAUAUUAUCUACGUUAUUUUGCCCUAAUCUUGCCGAAUGAUCUUGACGAAUUUGAACUAGGAAUUGGCUCGUGGAUACUUUUAGAAGAAAGGGCAGUAGGUUCAUUGCUUUUGGGUUUACAAUAUAAUUUCCGAUAUUUCGUUCGAAAUAUUUGUUUACGUGCACACACAGUACAUUGUAUACGAGUUAUUAAUAUACGCUUUGGAAUUCCUGUAAUAGAAACUUAAUUAUCUAAAAAGCUCUUCUAACGGCAGGCAGCGGCUUGGCUCUGCCCCUGGCAUUGCUGACGUCCAUGAGCGACGGUAACCACUCACCAUCAGGUGGGCCGUAUGCUCGUCUGCCUACACGGCAUUAAAAAAAUAUAUAACCAGCUAGUUAUGUUCUAGCUCAACACACAUCAGAAGCUGUAGUUGUGUGUUUGAGCCCUGACAAAAUGAGUUAAUUUAUAAAUUCAUUUCUUAAAGUUGUGCAAUAUUUUUACUAAACGCUUUUACGACAACAUACUUCGGUGUAUGGCUAUCUUCUUUAUUGUUUGUUAAAUUUUAUGUUUCUCGUACCAAAUAUAAAUUGAUUAGUUUUCAAAUUCAUCAAAUGAAUGUUAUGUGCAAUAAGUGUAUUUAAUUAAAAGUUAAAAAUACACUGUAAUUAUUGAUAGAUUUUUAUUCGGUUCACAAAACCAAUGUUGUGUGCAAUAAAUAUAUUAAAUAAAGAAUUAAAAUAUCCCGGGAUUACGCAUGGUUUUUUAUUUGUGUCCUAAAAUUGUAAUGGUUAAUUUUUUAGUCAAAAGUAAAUCAAUUUUGUAACGUCUAUGAUUUAUGUUUUGCCGCA